GUUUUUGCUUGGGUUGGUUGCUUUUACUUUUGAGCUUUUCAAAGUAGAAACAAAGCUCUGUACAACUUCUUCUGAGUAAGAAAGCAAAAGCAAACCAAACAUCUGCUUAACUUUGUCCUGUGAUUUCUUGGAAAUCCUAUAUCAUUUCCUUCCUAUCUUCAUCGAUACCCAUGUAGAGAUUGAGGGAUAUAUAUAAAGAGAGGGGAAAAAAAUGAGUGUUUCUCUAACUGUAAUGACUUUCAAUCUUCUUGAAGAUCAGGCAGAGGACAGUCCAAAUUCAUGGGAAAAAAGGAGGGAUUUGUGUAUAAGCGUUAUAACCAGUUAUUCCCCAAUGAUUCUUUGUACCCAACAAGGUGUGAAGUCUCAGUUGGAGUAUCUUCAGCAGGGCUUGCCAGGUUAUGAUCAAUUUGGUAUUUCCAGAAAAGGAUCUGAAGACACUUUAGAUCAACAUUGCACCAUCUUUUAUGACAAGGAGAAGGUGGAACUGUUAGAAGGUGGAACCUUUUGGUUGUCAGAAUCGCCAUCGGUCCCUGGAAGCACAUCAUGGGGAUCUGAAGUUCCAUGUAUUGCCACAUGGGUGACAUUUCAACUAAAAGGAGUUGAGCCACCAGGAUUUUCGUUUCAGAUAGUUAAUACAUGCAUGGAUGAGUUCAGUCCUCGUGCCCGCAGGAGAAGUGCUUUACUCACAUGGCAGCAUAUUGCGUCUUUGCCUCCUAACUUACCAGUUGUAUAUUGUGGAGGAUUUAACACACAAAAGGAAUCAACUACUGGACGUUUUCUUCUCGGGAGAUCAAGGGAGCAUGGAGUUGUAGGUGAUAUGAGGGAUGCAUGGCCCAAUGCUCGGGUGAGGAAGAAUAUGUCUCUCAUACGCACUUUUCACGGCUUUAAAGGUAACAAACAGGGAGCUCUUGAAUUCCUCAAGUUAAUCUUUAGAGCUCUUUGUCUCUGCUGGGAUCGCCAAACUCAGGAUCUACACGUAGAUUGGAUUCUUUUUAGAGGGAGAUCGCUAAUUCCAGUUUCGUGUGAAGUUGUGAAUGAUAACAUUGACGGGUACUAUCCAUCUUCGCAUUAUCCAAUAUUUGUUGAGUUUAUGCUUCCGCGUACUGUGAGACUUCUCGAACCACCUGCUCAAGAUGGAAAUUGAGCCAUCUAUGUUGGAAAUGUUGAAAAAUGGUGGAUAUUGGUGCUAUCGAAACAGUUAAUGACAAAUUUCCUAGUGAAAGUAGCAGAAACCAUGCACCGUGCCUGACUGCCUCUAUCGUUACUUUGAGUUGUGGAAAAAAGAAACCAAUUCCCUUGUGAAAUUUCUCGCCAGCAGUUAGGAAUUCAAUUUUUUACUGUUCAUUUUGACUAGCCCCAAAAUCUGUGCCUGAAUAAUGUAUUUUUUUUCAUUUCAUAAGUUAUCAUAUUGAUGAAGUUUGCAGGUUGUAUGAAGUUUAAAAAGCUUCAAAACUGUUUUGUUGUCUCCAUGAGUUCAUGUGCUGCUUGAAGUUUGCAGAUCCUCUUUAUUUCA